AUGCCAGUAAUAGAAGUUUUUGUCAUCAAGGCAUUAGAUAUCCGCGGGGUUACACUUCAAAAAGCCUUUAAAGUAUACCUGCGUCUGCAACAGCAAUGUGUAUGUUCCGAAAAGACCACAGAGAGUGGCGGCGAGAUUUACUUUCGGGAGAAAUUUCGACUUAAUUAUGACCCUAAUCAUUACACACGCGAAAAUCGGCUUUUCGUUGAGCUGUGGAAGGAAUCGUUUCUUAGCAACUUGUGCGUGUGUGUAGCGUGGGUUCAACUAGAUACCCAAAACUUUGUUCGCGGAGAGCCUACUACCCUUAGCUUGCGCGGUAGAUUCGAGGAUUCGCAAGCUACCUUCAUCGUUUCCAUUGUGCCUAUUGAUUUUGGAUCUGUUUCGCAACUUCCUUCCCAAGAUGAGCAACCUGUGCUUGGUAUUCCAAUUUAUAUAAAUAACUCACCUACCGUCAAUUGUUCAUUUGAUAACCUUCCCGCAGUACCACCACAAUAUUCACCAGCCGAUCCAUCUCCCUGA